AUGCGUUUGAGUCGGCCGCUGCUUCUCUUUUCCGCCCAUCUCGAGCCGGACAGGGCUCGGAUUGUUCACGCUCCCUUGCCGGCCGAGUGGGUGCAAGUUGAGGCUGGUGCAAGGCGACGAGGGUCGGGCCUAGCUCCGAUCUACCGCGGCUCUGGUCCUGUGCACUGUCUCCUUUGGCCUCUUCCUUUUCAGAUGGUCUUGACUAAACUGUGCUGCUUGUCCAGUUAUUUGUUGUAG